CUUCGCUUAAAUUCUUUGACAUUCUGGUUCUCUUAUGGAUUCUGCCUGACACAAGAAUAUCAGAUAAGUAGAUGGACGAGGAGGAAAGAACUGUCGUAAGCGCUCCAAGUGCGGUUCCCAGGGAGUUAACCGAAGAAGACAGGGCACGACUGCAGCAGCAAGAUCUUGUUAGUCAAUUCAAGCAGAAUAAACUAGAAGCAGAAGCACAGAAAAAUUGGGAUCGGUUUUACAACAGAAACCGCGAUAAUUUCUUCAAAGAUAGAAACUGGAGUGCACAUGACUUACAAGAGCUUUGUCCGGAAUUCGACUUCAGCAGUAAGAUCGUCUUUUUGGAAGCAGGGUGCGGUGUUGGAAAUAUGCUGUUUCCUCUGAAGGCAGCUUUUCCGGAACUCAGAGUGCAAGGCUUUGACUUUUCACCCCGAGCCAUACAGAUGUGUUCAGAAAGAGCAAAGGAACUCAAUACAGAAAUAGACUUGGCGUUGGUGGAUCUGUCCACUUCUAGCAAGAAGUCACCGUUUGCAGCAGAAGCCGAUAUUGCCACACUCAUAUUUGUGCUGUCUGCCAUUCAUCCAGAUAAACACGCAAUUGCAGUAAAGAAUAUGCGUAAUUAUGUCAAGACUGGAGGUACUGUUAUCGUUCGGGACUACGGCGUGAACGAUUACGCCAUGAUACGGUUCAAGAGAGGUGCGAAACUUGCCGAGCGUUUUUAUGUAAGACAGGACGGGACUCGAUCAUACUACUUCACAUUAGAAGAAUUGGAGGAACUGUUUAAGUGUGCUGGAUUCGAGUGUGUACGAAAAGAGUAUCUCCAUCGACAGACAGUCAAUCAUCAAAAGAAUCUUAACGUACCAAGAAUUUUUGUACAGGCUCGAUUUUUAAAACUUCAGAUAUGACUAACUUAGUGUCAGUGGUAUUCGCUAAGAAUAUGUCAGUAAACUUUUCCCCACUAGUUUACGAUCCGUCUCAACAUCAUUUUUUUCCUGACUUCUCGAAUGACGAUUGACGAAAAUCGUUUUUCUUUUUUCAUCUGUUAGAAUCCUCUAAACAAAUAAUGUAUUGAAAAUGGGAGCAUCGAACUAAAAUGGAUUCUCGUAGCCCAAAUCAGUUACUCAUAUCAGUAAUGAAUUCAUCACUCACUCACCGCUAUCGCAUUUACACUACCUCAUGAAGCGAAUACCAUUUCUUGGUCAAAUUACUUUUUCAUUUUUUCUAUCUCUAAGCGCCGAUUGACCAAUCCUUGUCGUUAUUUAUUGUUUUACUUCCAAAUCUUUACUUAUCAAGCCUUGCUACAACACACAUUCAAAAUGGACUUACACUUUUUUGAAGUUUGGAUGUUUGUUACUUGAAGCCAAAUAUGAUCAACCGCAUGGGUGGGUGUACAGUCUGCCCCAAUCAGGC